UUGUAAAUUUUAUUUGCAUAUAUAACCAAGCAUCAAUGUUCUGUAUAUUUUCCCAGGAGAAGUUUGAUCUCGGUGAGUUGAUGCUAUCUCUCUGUUAUCUCCCCACUGCUGGGCGCCUUACAUUGACCGUUGUCAAGGCCCGAAAUCUAAAAGCCAUGGACAUUACAGGAUCCUCAGACCCGUAUGUAAAGGUGUCACUGAUGUGUCAAGGUAAACGUAUAAAGAAGAGGAAGACGUCUGUGAAAAAGAACACCUUAAACCCGGUCUAUAACGAGGCUCUGGUGUUUGAUGUUCCUCAGGAGAAUGUUGAUGACGUGUAUUUAAUUGUCAAAGUGAUUGACUACGAUCGAAUAGGGAGUAACGAAGUAAUGGGCUGUUGUGCUCUGGGACCCAAAUACCCAGGACUAGGAAGAGACCACUGGUUUGAAAUGCUAGAAAAUCCCCGGAAACCGCUUGCUCAGUGGUACACUCUACAAGAACACGUACCCUUUUGUACCAGUGAAAACAUCACAGGUAAAUGUAAACUGAACUGUCAAGGGCAGUCUAGACAGUCCACGGUGGAUUCUAGCGAGGGAAGUAUGUAUGGGUGAUGAUUUCUGAUGAGGAGUCAAGAAAAAAUGGAUACAAUUCUUUUCCUUGUAUAUGUUUUUCUCUAAUUUGUCAAGCAAUGCUUUGUGAAUAUUUGUCAAAAAUACAACCUUAAUG